AAAUGAGCCUUUUUUCCAUAUUGUCUUUAUCAUGAUUUUUAUUUAUAUAUAGCUGUACGUUUCAUUGGUGGCCACCUUUGUUUACUGCAUCAUCCACGUGGCGCCUUCUCCUUCUUCUUAGUCCCUCCCAAACCUCUCUCCCCAUUGGGUUACGGACAAAAGAAACAGAAACAUAGGAAACCUCAACGUCAAGAUCAAAUCAGAAACCAGUCAAAUCAAAAAAGACAAAAAAAGAAGCUGCUUGUCGUCAACCGGUAGCCGCAAAAAUUGCGAAGGGUAACGAAGAUGCUGCUGCUUUGGUGGCGGUGACCGAGGCGCCCGCCUCCCCGCCUCCAAGAGGGCUGCCCUCCUCCAUGGAGGCAGCCGAGCUCCACCACGCACCAACUACGGUGUUGGGGCCGAUUGAGGGAGAUACCGACUACCCUCCUGUGAGGACCCUCGAUGACGCGAAGGUCAUCUGCUCGCUGGAAUCAAAGAAGCUCUGGUCCAUUGCAGGGCCCAUUGCUUUCAACAUCCUCUGCAAUUACGGCAUCAAUUCCUUCACGAAUAUAUUCGCGGGGCAUCUCGGGGAUGUGGAGCUCUCCGCCGUGGCAAUCUGCCUCAAUGUCAUCGCCAACUUCUCCUUUGGGUUUCUGCUUGGGAUGGGGAGCGCUCUCGAGACGCUGUGCGGGCAGGCAUUUGGGGCUGGGCAAAUCCACAUGCUCGGGGUCUACAUGCAGAGGUCGUGGAUAAUCCUCCUUGCUGCGUGCAUCCUGCUGCUCCCACUUUACGUGUAUGCGACCCCUAUUCUGAAGCUGUUGGGCCAGGAGGCUGAUAUCGCCGAGAUGGCAGGCCACUUCACGGUCCAAGUCAUCCCGCAGAUGUUCUCCCUCGCCAUCAAUUUCCCAACCCAAAAGUUCCUGCAGUCCCAGAGUCGGGUCGGGGUCCUGGCCUGGAUCGGAUUCUUCGCCCUCAUCAUCCACAUCUUUGUGCUCUAUUUGUUCGUAAACGUGUUCAAGUGGGGGCUGGCAGGGGCUGCUGCGGCUUACAAUAUUUCAGCCUGGGCGAUCGCCGUGGCUCAGGUAAUAUAUGUGGUGGGGUGGUGCAAGGAAGGGUGGAAAGGAUUGUCAUGGCUGGCUUUUAAGGACAUUUGGGGAUUUGUGAAGCUUUCGGUUGCAUCGGCGGUUAUGUUGUGCCUGGAGAUUUGGUACUUUAUGACCAUUAUUGUCCUCACUGGUCACCUUGAAGAGCCAAUCAUUGCCGUUGGGUCCCUCUCAAUCUGCAUGAACAUCAACGGCUGGGAAGGAAUGCUGUUCAUAGGAAUCAAUGCAGCCAUAAGCGUUCGGGUUUCGAAUGAGCUCGGAUCCAGGCACCCAAGGGCGGCAAAGUACUCCGUGAUAGUUACGGUGGUCGAGUCCCUCAUCAUUGGGAUAUUAUCCGCCAUGAUUAUCCUGGCGAGUAGGGACCACUUCGCGGUCAUAUUCACCGAUAGCAUCAGGAUGCAGAAGGCAGUCGCUAAGUUAGCUUACCUUCUCGGUGUAACUAUGAUACUCAACAGUGUACAGCCGGUCAUAUCAGGUGUUGCUGUCGGGGGAGGUUGGCAAGCUCUGGUGGCUUACAUAAACUUAUUCUGUUAUUACAUAGUGGGGCUGCCUCUCGGGUUUUUUCUGGGUUACAAAACAAGUUUAAAAGUUCGGGGCAUUUGGAUUGGAAUGAUAUGUGGGACAUUGCUGCAGACAUUCAUACUCUUGCAUGUCAUCUAUAAAACCAACUGGAACAAAGAGGUCGAGCAAGCAUCAGAGAGGAUGAGGCAAUGGGGGGCCGCCCAAGAGGAAUUGGUUGAUAUGACGUAGCAAUACUAUUUCUUUUUUUUUUUAAUGACUUUUUAGUUAUAUAUUCAUUUUCUUUCAUUUUUUCGGAUUUUCCUUGUUGCUGUCUUUGUACAUGGCAAAAAUUCCUGGGCAAGAAAAGAAUGGCAUUUGUGUGGUAGAUCUAAUUUUUGCUAUCUUUAAAGUGUACAAUAAAAAAAAAG